UUGUUAUUUAAAAUGGAGUGAGGUUUAGCUCUCAAUUAUUCAUUUAUUGAGUUUAAAAUUUUAAAUCGCAGCACAUUUAAAUCAGUGCUAGAUUGUUAUCAUUUAAGUUUUGCUUAGAUUGAGUAUUCUUUUUUUUUUUUCAAACUAUUAAACUAUUUCAUGUUAAAAAACUAAAAUAUUUUCAAAGCUUCAUAAUGUCUGCACUUUUGACUGCUGAUUGGUUUCAAUUGGAUUCCUAUUACCGAAAAUUCGAUCUUUACAACAUGGUAUGGUCUAUGGACGAAGGACUUGGUAACAUGAUAGUUGCAGGGGCGCCUUAUGGUGGACCAAUAGCUCUAGUGCGAGAUAGAAAACAACUUGUACGUGUUAUGACUACAGCAAAGCCAGUAAUUACAAUAUAUAAUGGAGUGGGCAACAUAAUUUCAAAAAUUUUGUGGAACAAUGGAGUUCUUAUACACAUGGGCUGGUCUAAUGCAGAACAAUUGCUCUGUGUUCAGGAGAGUGGUGAUGUUCUAGUAUAUGAUAUGUUUGGUGCUUAUCAAAAAACAUUUAGUAUGGGACAUGAGGCUCGGGACACUAAGGUGUGGAAAGCCCAACUGUUUUCAAAUCCUCUAGGAAUUGGUUUAGCGGUAAUCACAACUACUAACCGAAUGUUCUUAGUGAGCAAUGUUGCUGAUCCAAAAUUAAGAUUUGUGCCCGACUUGCCAAAAGCCAACUUACCAAUAACAUCAUGGUGUAUUUUAAGCACUGGUCAGAAAUCAUCCAUCCAAGUAAGUUUUCUUGUAUGCAGAGAUAAGGAAGUGUUCAAAUGCCAGCUUGGAGAGACAAGACCAAUAUUAAUGAAACCAGAAUUCAAGAACUCCUAUACUCAAAUAUUGUCUAUAGUGCCAUCUCAAAAUGGUCGCCAUGUUGCCUUGUUUACGGAUUCUGGGUUCCUGUGGAUUGGCUCUUCAGACUUCAAGAAUAAAUACUGUGAAAUUGACACCGGCUAUAUAAAAGUACCAUCAGAACUAGUAUGGUGCGGUUCCCAAGCUGUGAUCGGUCACUGGGAAGACAUGAUGUGUAUCUAUGGAUUUAAUGGUGCUAACAUACCAUACCCAUAUGAUGGACCAUUCCAUAUCAUACAGGAGAUGGACUGUGUACGCGUCGUCUCCGAGAUGACGCACGAACUGAUACAGAAAGUGCCUCAUGUGGUCGAGAAGAUAUUCAGAAUUAAUAGUACAGCUCCCGGCUCUUAUUUGGUUGAAGCUUCUAAACAAUUCCAGAAACGAAGUCACCGCGCCGAUGAGUACAUUCGCCUCGUCAAACCUGAGCUCUCGAAUGCAGUACAGGACUGUAUAGACGCGGCAUCGUUCGAAUUCAACACUGACGUCCAGAAGAUGCUGGUGAGAGCGGCGCAGUUUGGGAAGGGAUUCCUGCUGGACCCCGUGAUAACCCACCGCUAUGUCGACACGUGUCGAUGGCUUCGUGUUUUGAAUGCGAUUCGAGACCCAAGAGUGGCGAUACCAUUGACGUAUUUGCAAGUUCAGAAUCUAGGUGAGAAGGUCUUGCUAGACAGAUUGAUCUGGCGGCGCCUGCACUGUCUGGCCGGACACAUCGCCAACUACCUGCAGCUGAAGGACGGACAGACCCGCGUGCUGUCCCACUGGGCUUGCUAUAAGGUGACACAGCCUCACCUGGACAACGAGAGCGCUGCGCGUGAAAUAGGCGAUAAACUGCGAAAUGUGCCCGGCAUCUCCUACUCCACUAUCGCCAUUAAAGCUGCAGAAAAAGGAAGAAAAGCCCUCGCUAUUAAGAUACUAGAAUACGAGAGUCGGAGUAAGCUGCAGGUUCCUUUGCUGCUAGAGCUGGGUGAAGGCGUGAUGGCGCUACUGAAGGCCACCAACAGUGGAGACACCGACCUCGUGUAUAUGGUGCUUCUGCACCUCAAGGAGAAGAUGGGGAAGAAUGAAUUUGAGCUCACAAUUCGCAGUAUGCCGUUGGCGCAUUCCCUGUACAUAAAGUACUGUGCGAGUCACAAUCGGGACGCCCUGAGACAGGUGUACGUCCAAGUGGAUGACUUCCACGGGCAGGCAACCACUCACAUCCAGGAUGCCUUGGAACAGACCAACCCGGGCAGUAAGGAGGCCUCGCUUAUAUCCGCGAGAGAGUGCUACAAGAAAGGGAAAAAUGAUUUAGGUGCAUCAAUCUGCGAAGACGAACGGAAACUGUGCAAACAACAGUCCAGUCUGCAGGAGACUUACGGAGUUAGCUUUGUGGGUCUGUCCGUCCACGACACUAUCAAGAAACUUCUAGAACAAGGGGAGAUCAAGGUCGCUGACAAAAUUCGUACAGAGUAUAAAGUGCCGGAUCGCAGAUACUGGUGGUUGCGGAUUAUGACCCUGGCCGCUAAGGGCAGCUGGGCAGAGCUCGAGACUUUCUCCAAGUCGCGGAAGUCACCGGCGGGUUACGAGCCCUUCGUUGAUGCGUGCUUGGCAUACAAGCGGCCAGACGAGGCAGCCAAGUAUCUACCCAAGUGCAAGGAUGAGCUCAAAGUGAAAUACUAUGUAAAAGCUGAGAUGUAUGAAGAGGCAGCUCAAGAGGCUUAUGAACAGAAGAUGGAGAACGCUCUCUUGUACGUUAGAUACAAGUGUCCCGCGAGUGAACACGAAAAGCGUGCUAAGAUAUCUGAGCUUCUGGCGAGGUUACAGAGUAAGAAGUGAUUAAAACAAAGACUGAUUGUUUCUGCCCCAGUAAGUAAAUACGGGCAAGACGUUCUAUAAAAUAAAAUAAAGUUAUACCUGUGAAUAAACUGCGAAUAUGCAAAAUGUUGACUAUAUCGCUAACACCACCAAAUACAAUGAUAUUUCUGAAGUUUUCCGAAUGUUAAGCUGACUUGUAGAUAAAAGCGGGAAAUGAUAUACGCCUGAAUAAAUCAAUCAUAAGCAAAAUUUAUAUUGGUAACAUUUUUCAUAUUCUUAGUUUAUUCUCAGGUAUAACUUUAUACCAAGUUUAUUUGUAAGGCCGUAGUCCUUUAGCUCUAUUUGUAAAUGCAAAUGUUAUUUUUCGAUCAUAUUGCAAAAAUUAUUGCCAAAAGUAAAAUGCCAGCGGAAUUUAUACGACAGUAUAAAUUCCUGUCGUCUAGCAAAAAUAUUCAAGCAGUACUAGUGUAAAAGUUUUGUGUACAAGGCUGCUGAAAUUGAACUGAAGCAGUCCAACAGUCUGAACUUGUUGACUUGAAUUGUUAAGCUUUUGACGUAAUGUAUAAAUGAAUACGUGU